GCUUCCAGUUGUGCAUCCGGCUUGUGCUGAUAUGUCUCUACAAGAGCGAUUGCAGACAGCAUCCACGGAAUACCAGAAAUUACAGUCUGAUCUGGCAAAUAUCGUCGAUGCAAAGACACGUCUUGACGCACAGCUGUCUGAGAACGAGGCAGUGAAAAAGGAAUUUUCCCGAUUGACACCAGAUAACACAGUGUACAAGCUAGUCGGCCCAGUUCUUGUUGCUCAGGAACAGAAUGAAGCAAAAGGAAAUGUAGAAACGCGACUCGAAUUCAUACGGGGAGAAAUAAAACGGGUCGAAACCCAGCUAAAAGAAAUCGAGGAAAAAUCAGAGAAGAAAAAGAAUGAGCUCGUAGAGAUACAAGCAGCUCUGCAGCAACAAGCUCAGCCCGCUUCAUCAUAGAACAUAUAUUCCCUUCCAUCGUUUGCACGGAGAGAACCAUAAUCGAAUCGUGUUCGCACGAUUAGCCUGCCGCGGAUUACUGCAUGGCUCUUUCUAUGUUUCUGCAAUGUGGAUAGGCAGUUGAUUCACUUUAUGAAGCUAUUUGAAGUAUUUAUCUCAACGCUUCCUG